UUUCAAUCUUCCGCUAUUCGUUUAUUUCACUCUCACUCUGCGCAGCACCAACCGCUUGCUAUGGAGUUCGCCACCACCGCUCCGAGCUUUGCGCUCCACCGGCCCAUGUUAGCACCGCCCAUCACUUCCCGAACCCUAAACCCUAACCGCACCUUAAACUCUUACUCUCCCAGAGCCUCUCUCUCCACCAACUUCCUCCCUACCUUCGCCGGCGGCAGCGUUUCCGCCGACUUCUCCGGCCACAAGCUCCGUCCCUUGUCUCUCAAUCUGGCGUCGAAGGGCAAGCGAGGUGUCGUAACCAUGGUUAUUCCAUUUUCGAGGGGAAGUGCAUGGGAGCAACCUCCUCCAGACCUGGCGUCUUACCUGUACAAAAACCGGAUUGUUUACUUGGGCAUGUCCCUUGUUCCUUCGGUCACAGAGUUGAUACUAGCAGAAUUUUUGUACCUUCAGUACGAAGAUGCUGACAAGCCUAUCUACCUAUACAUAAACUCCACUGGAACCACCAAGGGUGGCGAGAAGUUGGGUUACGAGACUGAGGCUUUUGCUAUUUAUGAUGUUAUGAGGUAUGUCAAACCACCUAUAUUUACUCUCUGUGUUGGUAAUGCCUGGGGAGAAGCAGCCUUACUUUUGGCUGCUGGUGCGAAGGGAAACCGUUCUGCUUUGCCCUCAUCAACAAUCAUGAUAAAGCAGCCAAUUGCCAGGUUCCAAGGUCAAGCAACUGAUAUUGACCUGGCAAGAAAAGAAGUAAAGAAUGUGAAGGCAGAGUUGGUUGAUCUUCUGUCAAAGAAUAUUGGAAAAUCACCUGAGCAGAUUGAAGCUGACAUCAGGCGUCCAAAAUAUUUUAGUCCCAGUGAAGCAGUUGAAUAUGGCAUCAUUGAUAAGGUACUGUACAAUGAAAGAGGUUCCGAAGACCGGGGAGUUGUCUCUGACCUGAAAAGGGCACAACUUAUAUGACUGUAGGAAAACAUGGAUUUAUUUAUUGUGUGGAAUAGUCAGCCAGAGCAAGAGCUGCAGCAUACACGAACAAAAUCUGAGCAUCAAGCAGCUAGCAGUAACACACCAAAGGUGGAGAAACUCAUAAUUCCUUGGCAGCAGUAGAGGAUUGAUUACCAAUGGGUAUUCUGGUCUGAUCCUUGUUGAUGUCAAACAGUCUAUUUCAAGCGUGCCUGUGCAAAAAACAAAAAAACAAAUUUUUAUUGCGCUGUUCAUGUAUUACUAGACUUGGUGACAGCAUGCAUUGAAUCAUGGUUUACAUAUAUUGCACGAAAAAGGGGAAGAUUCACCUUUUGCGUUGUA